AGGCCAUAGUCCAUCCAGCAAGUCACCGACACACCGACACACAGGAAAAGUCAGCUCUGAUAAGCACCUGAACACAUCAACUCCGGGAGGAUGAGAUCAGCCCGCGGAGGAUCCUCCGUGCGUCCCAGUGAGCGGCUCCAUCCCUCCGUGCCUCGGCGAGGAUGAAGGCGCACAACAUCAGGACCGUCUCUCUCAUCCUCUCCAUCGUCUUCUACCUGCUCAUCGGAGCCGCCGUGUUCGACGCGCUGGAGUCGGAAAGUGAGAGUUCCAGGAAGAAGGCGCUGGAGCAGAAGCUGAACGAGCUGAAGAAGAAGUACGGCUUCAGCGAGGACGACUACCGGGAGAUCGAGAGAGUUGUCCUGCAGUCGGAGCCGCACCGAGCGGGGAGGCAGUGGAAGUUCGCCGGAUCCUUUUAUUUUGCCAUCACCGUGAUCACCACGAUUGGUUAUGGCCACGCCGUUCCACGCACUGAUGCUGGCAAGGCCUUCUGUAUGUUUUACGCAGUCUUGGGCAUCCCUCUCACGCUGGUCAUGUUCCAGAGCCUGGGCGAGAGGAUCAACACUCUCGUCCGAUAUCUCCUGCGCAGAGCCAAACAGGGCCUGGGCUUCCGGGAGACGGAGGUGUCCAUGGGCAACAUGGUCCUGGUGGGUUUGCUGUCCUGCGCCGGCACCCUGUGUAUUGGAGCCGCGGCUUUCUCCCAUUUCGAGGACUGGACCUUCUUCAACGCCUACUACUACUGCUUCAUCACGCUCACCACCAUCGGCUUCGGGGACUUUGUAGCCCUGCAGAAGAAAGACGCCCUCCAGAAGCGAUCCUCCUACGUGGCCUUCAGCUUCAUGUACAUUUUAGUUGGGCUGACGGUCGUCGGAGCUUUUCUCAACCUGGUGGUGUUGAGGUUUAUCGCUGUGAACUCGGAUCAGCCCGACGCCAGGCCCGAGGCGGGGGCAGAAGAGCAGGCAUCGCAGCCUAAGGACACGCAGGAGGACAUUGAGGCCGAAGACGGACACAGCAGCCGGUGCAACCUUUCCCUUCCCAUGGAGGGCGGCACCAGCUGCACCAGCCUCCUCCCUUCUCCUGCAGAGGAGCACAGACUUAUUACACCUCAGCACUCAGCGCUCCCUGAACCCAGCAGAGUCAGUGCCUUGCUCUGCUGCAUGUGCUGCGGCCUGGACGUUAACGACAGCACCUCAGAGCCUCACCAUGACCCAACAAGCGGCCACAGCAACCCGGUCUUUUACAACUCCAUCUCCUAUAGGGUGGACCAGGCCUCCUGCAGCUCCUGCUCAGAGUCGUCACCGGCCUCCCCCAGCAGCAGAGCGCUCUGUCUGGGCAAGAACAAGCUUCACACCAGGCGGAAGUCACUUUAAGACAGUUGAAUUUUUAUUUUUAUUUUUAACAAACCACAGAACAGAUCAAACCAUCUGUUUUUCUGUUUGGUGGAACAAAUUGCCUCAUUCAUGAAUGUAGCACGACUAUUACUAUCAGAUAUAAUGUAGCAUAUCUUACCUCUCAAAUACAGUUUAUAAUGUAUUUUUUUUACAUUGGGGUUACAGCUAAACUACAAAUAUUUAAAAAAGUGAAUUAAAGUAUAUAUGCAAAUCAAAGUUACCUUCCCUGCUUCACUGUAAUGUGUUGCAUGAAAGUUACAGAGCGUGAUCAGCCAGCAGAAAAUGUCUCACAUGCCUGAGAAAGGAGGAGAUGUCUGCGUGAAUAUUUUAGCUGUCAGACUUUCUGCAGCGUUGUCACCUGUGACCUUCAGUUACUUCCAGUCAGUAAUCAGCGCUGUUUUCUAUUAGGAACAUUUACUCCGUCGCUGGUUCCCUAGGUAACGUUUUCAUCCUCGUUGCUCAGCGUUGCGGAAACUGGAGACGGACACGUACAGUACAGCGAGCGGUGAUUGUCUGAAGGCGGCAUCCAAGUCAAAACUGUGAUUUACAGACCGCGUCAUCUGUGAUGAAUGAGCGUGUCAACAGAGAAUGGAAAAUGAGCUACGGCUCUAAAAUGGUGGCAAAUUAGAAAUGUCCCCAAAUGAGUGUUUAAUUGCCGUCUGAGAUGUGUGGUCGAAUCACACAAUGCAAAUUAGGCCUUUAAAUACAAACCGCUGAAACAUAGAAAAAUGUCUUUAAUCCCAUCUUUUGCACAUCUGAAAUUAAGAAAAAGUUUUGUUUGUUUGAUGUAAAACUACUGAAAGGCCUAAAGUUACCUUGUUUGACCAUUAUUUUUAUGCAUAAAGUUGAUCUUUUCAUCUCAGGUAAUAGUUGUCUGCCUGGGAAAACUGUUGUUUGAUGUCUUCUGUGACUCUGGAGGAGCUUCCCACAGUCUAAAAUAUAACUAACUCGUGUUGCAAACUGGAGGUGUGGAGGCUGAAACAGAUGAGUUCAACAAAAUCAGUUGUGGCAGAAUGUCAGAGAGCACAGUUAUUUAAAUACUAAGUUUUAAGGUGUUUGUGCUUUACUCGAGUAUUUACACUUCUGUUGCUUUAUUCUUCUACUCCUCUACAUUUUGAAAGGAAAUAGCGUUCUAUUUACCUCAUUGCAUUUAUUUAACAAUUACCAGUGACUUUGCAGAUUCCUCCAUACCGCCACCACUGAUUAUAGGAAAUGUUUUUGCUGCUUAAUCCAUUCUAGGGACCUAAUUAAAAUCGGGAAAGCUCAG